AUGUUUAGUGCCAUUAAUAUGGACAAGCAAAUAGAAUUUGGUCGCUAUCAAAUUUCUGGUAUAGGUGGUUCAUGUUUAUUUCGCUCAAUCUUGACUAUUGUAAAUGAUGGUAUUUAUGUUAUAACACAAGAAGAAAUACAAAAUGAUAGAGAUUAUGUAGCUGCUAUUAUACAACGAAAUUAUGGAUCAGACAUACUAAUUGAUGGUAAAAACUCUAGAGAUAAAUAUUGUCAAAAAAUAAAAAAAGAUGGCUAUGGUAGCGAUAUUGAAUUACAAAUUUUAGCUGAGCGGUAUGAGAUCGAAUUAAUUGUUAUAGUAUUGAAAAAUGUUCAAGUUGAACAAAUAGUAUGUUUUGGUAGAAAUUAUGGUUUUAAACAUUACGGAUAUUUAUUAUGUAAUAUAAUUGCUUCUCACUAUGAUAUAUUACGUUUAACAAGGACUAAUAAUCAAUAUCUAAGUUUAACAAAAUUUAAUAAAAAUGGCAAUUCAGUUCAAGACUUAAUCGAUAAUUUUAUUCAAACAAUUCAUCUAACAGGACACAUUCCAACAAUACAAGCUGCAUCAUUACAUUCAAUCGAAAGUACUGAUAUACAAACAUGUUAUUCAAAUGUAGAUGUAGCUUUAGCAUAUAUAAAUGAAAAUAUUGAUUUAUCUGUUGUGUUACCUGAAUUGACGGAUACUAAUAUGGAGUUUCCAACAUUGUUUAAAAAUGUUACAACAGAUAGCAGCAUAACAAUCUCAAACAAUAGUAGUAAAAAUCUGGUUGAAACUACAAUUAAUUUACUUCUUGGCUUUGAACGGUUUCAUAUACAGUCACACAUUCCAGAAUCUCCAUCAUCUCUAAAUACUAUUGAUGAUUGUUUACAAUGGUUUAGGUCUAUUACUAAAAAACAAGCUGAGGCUGGCGAUAAUUGUUCCAAUGAAAAAGAUCAACUUGGUAUACAGUUAUUAAAUAAAUUAAUUCAAUUGUAUGAUUAUAAUAGUUUCAAUUCAAAUGAGCUAAUGGAAAUAGAAAAUGAUAAGAGCGAAACAGCUGUCACUCUAACACAAAUAUGGGAUUGUUGGUGGAAAGAAAAAGAUGUGGAUUUGAGAAUUCCAUCACCGGAUGCUAUACAACCAUUGAUGGUUGCUCCAACAUCAGAAGAUGAAGAUCAACCUAGAAAUUGGCAGCAUAGACGUUACGCAAACGAUUUGAGACAUAUCGAUGAUACAGAUGAACAAGCAAAACAACGAGCUUUUCAGUACAUUCAGACAACGAAAGGCAACCAAGAUUAUCCAAAAUUGCAAAUCCAGGAGAGUUAUAAAGAUUUAUGGAUAUGCAUCAAAGCAGCAACAGUUGAUUACAAACCACAUACGAAUCCAUUAUUACCAGAAUGUGCACUGUAUAACGAAAAGAACAAAACCAUAGUGAUAAAAAAUAGCGAUAAAAUUAUUUAUGAUAUCAAUAAAAAUGCCAUUUUUUAUAAAGUUAUCAACGCUGAAAAACAUGAAUUUGCGUUAAAAUUUCCAACUAUUGUGCAAGAUUCGUAUGGAAAUAAGAAAGAAGUGAAAGAAAUAAUUGAUAUGUGGAAAUUAAAAACUGGAAGAUUGGCUUACACAUUGUAUGCCAGGCUAAAUGAUAAUUUUAAACAGUGUUCCUAUACAUUUUUCAGCAAUCCAUGGCAAGAACGUAUGUCUCUUUUCUUCUUUUGUGAAACAUCUUUCUUAGAUAGUUAGACAGCGCACAGAAAGAAACCUUUAAAAAUCUCCAAAAAAAAGAAUCCACACAUGUAACGCUCGUACUGAAAGAAGAAAGGGAGAUCUAAAGCAUGAAAAGUUUACCACUAACGGUUAACUAUUUUCUCUCGGUAACAAAAUCAUAAUAAAAUGUCUCAAGAUGAUAUCUAGAAACAAAUAACGCUCGUCGCACGGGUUUUUCCUCUAAACAUACAUUUAAUCCGAUACUGUUAUUCGUUAGAAAACGAAGUACUUCUUGAAUAACUCUUAACAAUGAUAAACAUAAUUUCGUUGUUUUUGCUAUCCAAAAGGCUUCCGAAUGUGUUUCCAUAAGCAGAAACGUUUUCAGGAGGUUUUCUUACAACAGAUGUCCGAAGAUGAUCUUCCAACAAUCUACUUGUAUCUAUCUCAUAAUUCUUCGAUAAGAUUAUAUUGUUCUUUUUAUGGAUUAGUGGUUCAGGAUAUCUGCUUCGAAAGUGCAUUUAAGCA